AUGUCUUUAGUUUACAGCCUUGUGCCUUACGUUCGUCCUAGUGCAAUCGUUUUGGGCGUUGCUUUCGACCAUGCUGCCUCUUUUUUGGUUUAUGGACCCUUGAUGGGUGACCUCUGGAAGAAAGCAAUGGCUCCUGCUCCUCUUCAUACUCAACCUUCUAGUCCUGCCAAAAAGGUAGCCACAACCUAUACGAGUAAUCUCUUAAGUGCCUGCAUUCAAACUUACUCCGUCGCUGCGCUCUUGCAGUUAACUGGAACUGUAAGUAUGAAAGGUGCCUUUUAUGUAGGGCUUUAUGUGUUUGGAGCAUCAGGAUUGCCUGAUAUAGUCGACUACAUAUUCACAGAGAAACGAGGUUGCUCUUACACAUUAGUAAAAACAGUUUCUUCUUUAGUGAAAAGUGUAGGCAUGAGCAUGGUUUUAUUGGGCUAUGGAAUCCGCCACAAUGAGGUUUAA